CUCUGCUAAGCAUUAGCUGGAAGAAACACGAAAAAUUUACAAGUCAUCGGCAAAAAAACAGAGUCAAAAUAAAGCGAUCCAGCUAAAAAUUUAUAUUGAUCAAUAAGUUUAUAUCGCAAACAAAGUAAAUAGAAAUGGCACAAACGCUCGAGGACAAAUCGAUAUGGGAGGAUGGCGAGGAGUCGCUAGGCGAAGAAGUGCUGCGUAUGUCCACGGAUGAGAUUGUGAGCAGGACUCGCUUGAUGGACAACGAAAUCAAAAUAAUGAAAAGCGAAGUGAUGCGCAUUACACACGAAAUUCAGGCUCAGAAUGAGAAGAUCAAAGACAAUACGGAAAAGAUUAAGGUUAACAAAACGUUGCCAUAUCUUGUGUCCAACGUCAUUGAGCUGCUGGAUGUGGAUCCACAAGAGGAGGAGGAUGAUGGCUCUGUCACUGUGCUGGACAAUCAACGCAAGGGCAAGUGUGCGGUGAUCAAAACAUCGACGCGUCAAGCGUAUUUCUUGCCAGUCAUUGGCCUGGUUGAUGCUGAGAAACUCAAACCCGGCGAUUUGGUUGGUGUCAAUAAAGACUCUUAUCUGAUUCUGGAAACCCUGCCGGCUGAGUAUGAUGCCCGUGUGAAGGCCAUGGAAGUGGAUGAACGUCCCACAGAGCAGUAUUCCGAUAUUGGUGGUCUCGACAAGCAGAUUCAAGAGCUGAUCGAAGCUGUUGUGCUGCCCAUGACACACAAGGAGAAGUUCAAGAACUUGGGCAUUCAUCCACCAAAGGGUGUCCUGCUCUAUGGUCCUCCUGGAACUGGCAAAACGCUGCUAGCUCGCGCUUGUGCCGCACAGACCAAGUCCACUUUCCUCAAGCUGGCCGGACCACAGCUGGUGCAGAUGUUUAUUGGUGACGGCGCCAAGUUGGUGCGCGAUGCUUUUGCUCUGGCCAAGGAGAAGGCUCCCGCCAUCAUCUUUAUCGAUGAACUGGACGCCAUCGGUACCAAGCGUUUCGAUUCCGAGAAGGCCGGUGAUCGUGAGGUACAGCGUACUAUGUUGGAGCUGCUGAAUCAAUUGGAUGGCUUCAGUUCGACGGCUGACAUUAAAGUUAUUGCUGCCACGAAUCGUGUGGAUAUUCUGGACCCUGCUCUGUUGCGUUCGGGUCGUCUGGAUCGUAAGAUCGAGUUCCCACAUCCCAACGAAGAGGCGCGUGCACGCAUUAUGCAAAUUCACUCGAGAAAAAUGAAUGUUAGCAACGAUGUGAACUUUGAGGAGUUGUCGCGAUCCACUGACGAUUUCAAUGGCGCUCAGUGCAAGGCAGUUUGUGUGGAAGCCGGUAUGAUUGCUCUGCGUCGGUCGGCCACAUCAGUGACACACGAGGACUUCAUGGAUGCCAUCAUGGAGGUGCAGUCCAAGAAGAAAGCUAAUCUUAACUACUAUGCUUAGGCCUAAACAAAAAAGGAAAUUUACUUGUAAAACUGAAUACACAAAUACAAUAUUAAACAACAA